AUGGCACAGAUGUAUGUGUACAGCUAUGAGCAGCUUGUAGCAAUUGUGAACCAACAAACAGCUACCAUAGCGCAACACGCUGCAGUGAUUAACAACCUGCAAUCAGAGCGACAGUGGCUGGAAGAGGAUAAUCAUAUCCAGAGAGAGGAGUUGGAGAAAUCUCAAAAGAACUUCAAGGAUCUCGAAACGUCGAGAAAGUUAAAAGAAAAUAAAUUGAAGAAAGAGUUAGCGCAUCUAAAGGAAUCGCAACAGGACAUUAAGUGGAGGCAUAAGAACGCAGUUAGGGAACUAAACGAUGUGAAGAAAAGAAAUCUCAAGAUGAAAGCCCACUGCACUUCACUGUUAGAUAAGCUUGAUCAGAGCACCCAGGAGCUUCAGCAGAGGAAACAAGAACUUGACCGAGCAAAACAGGAACUCGAUUUGGGCUACAGCGUGGGCGAGUGGAUGUAUCAGCACCUAAGAUAUUAUUACUGGGGGUACUUUGAACUGCUAAAGUACUUCCAGUGGCCCGGACCAUCGUCUGGAGGAGCGACCAUCCCAGAGCUCGACACUAAUAAUCGACCAGUGGAAGGAAAGACUGUUGCAGAGCUGCCUCACAGUUAUAGAGUAACACAGGGAGUCCUGGUGUCACCAAAACCGCCUAAUUCAGAAAGAGCCAGAACUGUUAUAGACGGCGCCAACAAAAUAACUGCCGCUCUGAACAUGGUGAAGACAACGAAUUUCCGAACAAGUCUGAUAGCGCAGAGUGUCAUCGAGCUUGUCCCAGGUACCAUCGUCUGUCCCAAAACAGUUUUCGCGAUAAGACUUGCCCCCUCCCAAGGCCAAAACCCAAUCGAGUUCCUGUUGCCGCUUAUUAAUAACACCAGCAGCUGGUCUAUCCCUGAAGUUCCUGAGGUUGCUCAAUUAUCAGCUGUCUACAGUGAAGUGCACACAAGACCGGGCAACCACCUACAGCGACUCGCCAUUUGUGCACCAGAAUGGGUAAAUGCAGCAACACUGGCUGUAAAAGGAGCCGACCGUGCACCUAGGAUGCCUCAGAUUAAGCGUUCCAAUGCCACCACGCUCACCAUCAUCACCUCUUGCAACAAGGCGUUUGAAUCUUCGCCUCUGAAAAUUAAAGAGAAACACGAGAGACGAAGUGACGAACCAAGAGGUGGACUUUGCCAGCCGACCACUGCUUCUUCCGAGCAUCGGCUCUCCCUCGCGAACAACCGUCAAUCUGUAGACUGCUGCGAUGGGGAAAAGGAAGUUUUAACUCGUAAAGAGGAAAGGAGACGAACUGGAGAGAAAAAACCAAAGACUUCGGUGAGUUGGCUUAAAACUUACAGAUACUCUGCAAAAUUGAAUUGGCCUAAAAUGGUGGCACUAGAUCAACUUAUGAAAAUCCUGGGAGUGUGGUAA